AUUCAGUCAAACGUGAGCUGCCACCAAAGCCGAGUCGAGUCGAAUUACUGUUUUUAUUUUAUUUUUUUAGUACUAGCACAUUUUUACAUUGGAUCAUUUGGGAGACGUAUCAGUCAUAUAGUGCGCGAGUGUGCGAGAGAAGGCCCAGUUUUAUCACAGACUGCUUAUCGAGUAUAGAUAUUAUAUAGGAAAACAGUGAGCAAAGAUGUCUCACUCGGUGACCAUUCAAACCCGCACUGUCACGACCGGCAGCCCCUCGUCCAUCAACGUGGGCUUUUGCAAGAGCUGGGCGGGCCUCUUGAAAAUCGCACAAGUGAUACUGGGCAUCAUCUCCGUGGUCAUCGUAUUUUACGCUAUUAACAAUACAUACAACGGCCACAGCACCUUCGAGAAUCUGUUUUUCCUGCUGGUCGCCACGUCGUUCAUGAUGACUUCGCUGAUACUAGUUCUCAGCAGUUUAUGCUCCUUCACCACAGAAUCCAUCAUCACGAAAACUAUUUUUGAACUACUGUACCAUGCGUUGGGAUUCGCCCUCCUCCUGGCAGCCUCUGUGACGCUUUUAACCAGGUCCAGAAGGUAUUAUAAUGCUGAAAAAAUGGAACUUACCGCAUCCAUUCUCAGCAUCAUAAACUCGAUCUUGUACUUCAUCACCACCAUAUUCGCUCUUCGUACUUCUCGGGCCAUCUAAACGAAUAACGCCAAAAUCGAAACACGCGUCCAGCGAUCAAUGUGCAUUGAGCAAAUAUCGAGGAGCAUGCAGCUGUUGUGCUUUAUUUCAUAGUCAUUAUGCAUAUAUACGGACUUUUUUUUUAUGUGCUUAUGAUGUAUAAUGCCGUACAUGUACAGACGAUGUGUACCCGAUUAUUGACUACAUUUUGAACUGUUUCGAAGCAAAAGCGAUGUUGUGAUGUGUGUCACUUUGUUUUUUUUUUUUUUUUUUUUUUUUUACUAUUUUUAUCCUCGUACUUAUUGCGAACUUACACGUUUCAAAACAACUUUAUACUGCUGCUUUUUUUCCAAAUCUAUGUGUAAACAAUUGUAAAUGUGCAAAUUUAUUGUAAUGUUUUCGAACCAGCUCCUUCGAGUUGGAGUGUGUAUUUAAAAUUGUUUUGAUAUAUAUUUACAACCACAAGCGAUGGCUUCGGGGACAUUUAAAAUUAAAUGUGCUAUCAGAUUGCAGCAGUCACUAAAAAAUCUAAAUCUAAACGUCGUUUCCAAGUUUCAUAAAUUUCAUGUGUCAGUUGCGUGCAUGAAAUCAAAUAAAUCGCCCAAAAACGAAGGUCAAAUUUACGGUUGAACAAAAGAAUAGUGCCACGUGACAAAAAAUAAUGUCAAAGCUUGUUAUCUUUCAAAUUUUUAUUUUUCACGUACCGUUGAAAGCUUUAAGCUGCAUACGCGUGAAAGUAUAUAGUUAAACAUUAUAGAUGGUAUGCGUACAAUUUUUAACUGCCGAUUGCAAUAGCAGAGCAUUUAAUUUAUUCAAGGCUAUACAAUUUUUGGGUACUUGUGUCACACAUACAGUUAACUCAGAGCCAAUAGUUUACUUACGUUUCAUUACUGUCUCUCACCGAUGUACAUUGUUGAAUUUUUAUUAACGAAUUUUGUUACUAACAUUAAGCUCUUACAUUUUUAUGUAAUUACAUUACAUUACAUUAAGCACUUAUUUUAUUACAAAGCUACUGUAAGUUAAAAAAAAAAAAAAAAAAAAAAUUAAAACGUGCAUUUUUAUAACUUUUUCGAAUUUAUAUUCUGGACAAUUGCGACGUGACGAAGGAAAAAAACAAAAAAUUUUUAGAUCGAUUUCAUGCUAUUUUGUAAAAUAAUACAAUGCUCUUGAUAUAAGAAAUUGUUUUCCCGUAGCAAUUUUGAAGCACACAAUAAAUUAUACGCUCUUUUUUGAUGAA